AUGAAUUGUAAUGAGAUUAAAAAUUCGAAAAGUAUUGGGUAUGAAAAUGGAACAGAGCUAAGAAGGGGGCCAUGGACACUUGAAGAGGAUAAUCUUCUCAUUCAGUACAUAACUUGCCAUGGUGAAGGGAAAUGGAACACUCUAGCCAAAUUUGCAGGGCUGAAGAGAACAGGGAAAAGUUGUAGGCUGAGGUGGUCUAAGAUUGCGCAGCAUUUACCAGGGCGCACGGACAAUGAAAUAAAGAAUUAUUGGAGGACACGUGUGCAAAAACAGGCCCGACAGCUGAAAAUAGACUCCAACAGCAAGAAGUUUCUAGAAGCUAUAAAAAAUUACUGGAUGCCCAGGCUUCUUGAAAAGAUCGAACAAAAUUCAUCCCUCUCAGCAUCAUCAUCCUCCUCACUCGAUUCCAGUACAACCAACAGUUUUACGGCCCCUUCAAUAGAUUUACCCCCCAAAACAAAACCGGCCAACAGUAAUAAUUUAUCCACGAGAAUACCCGAGAUUUUAACCCCGAGAGCCUACGGUAAAAUAUUCCAUGCAUGCUCCUCACAUGAUUGUUACCACGUGGAUAUGCCAAGCUGUGACAUGCAAGGGCUGAUUGGGAAUUCGGCUAAUGAUUGCCACGUGGCGGAGAUGGAUUGGUUCCAGGAGGACUUCGGGAGCUCUUUUUGGGACACGGAUGAUGAGUUGUGGCAAUUAAGGAAGUUGGAAGAUGAUUUUGCGGUGUAG